CUCCCCGACAGGAUCGCAGGCAUGUCCUGCCCACAGUCCUCCCAACAUUUAAUGAAAGAUACAAUCUCCGACAAUAGUAGCGACUACGGAUCCGACUUCACACCGGAUGAAGAGGAAGUCUUGAACGAACUACUCGUCCAAGCCGUCAAGGAACACGCGACUUCUCUCCACGCGACACCACCGCCGCCGUCGCCCCAACCAUCGACGACCACUCCAGCCGCGAAGGAGACAAACGGCACCGUAGGCGAUAUUGAAGACUGCCAUGUUUCUCCAUCGAGUCCUCGGACGCCCAAGGUACUGGGGAGGCAAAAGCCCGUAUGGCAAGUUUCAAGGACUUGGCAGAGUCCCGUUGCGGGGAGAGCAGGUCAGAUGGCGAGCAAUGGUGGCGCCGCGUUUGUUGAGCAUCCGAAUUCUACUGAGGGCCGGAUGAAGGAGCGCGAGAGGGAUGUAGCUCGCGAGAAAGAAUGGACUACCGGUGUUACAGAUACUGCUGCGGAUAAUCGGUCGCCGAUCGAGAGGUUUCGGAAACCGCCUAAUAAAGCAUUCUCGGUCACGGAUUUGAUUUCGCCAGCGUGGUGUGAGUUGCAGUAUUGGUAUACGUUGACUAAGUUUGGGAGGAAGAGGAGAACUCCGGCGAUGAAGCAGGGGAGUACGAUACAUAAGACACUAGAGGACGAGAUUUAUACGACAGUUUCGGUGGAGAUUUCGACCAAAGAAGAUGCGCUGGCGCUGAGGAUAUGGAAUAUCAUACAAGGGCUUCGGACGUUGAGGGAAUAUGGUAUCACUCGCGAGCUGGAGGUAUGGGGGCUGGUAGAUGGCGAGCUGGUGAAUGGGGUCAUUGACCAGCUUUCCUACGAGUGUCCAGACCCGGAUCUUGAGGCGACGGCCGCGUCGUAUUAUGCCGACGUGGAGGCAUCGAGGGCUGUGCUGCCCGAGUAUCAAAUGUCGCUUUCGGAUUACCUGUUGUCGCCGUCGCAAGGUGGCAAACGGCUCUCUGACCUAUCCUGGAACGCUGAGCAAGAAGACAACUUAGAUGACUCCGGAAUCGGCAGUCAAUCUUCUUCAGAGACUUUCAAUUUGCCUCGGAUAUAUAUGACCGACGUUAAGACCAGAGCUAGUGCCUCUGUCCCCACAGUGAAGAGCUCGUCGUUCCGGCCAACCCUGCUUCAACUCCAGAUGUACUAUCAUAUGCUCAAUCGGCUUGCUACUAGUGAUGAUGUGUCCAUCGAACUACUUGCCUCUCGCUAUGGCCUGGACCCCACUCGCACAUUCACCGACGCCUUCAUAGCCGAAGUAGGCGGUCUCAACGACCGAUUUUUCGAUACAUCCUCCUCGCAAGAGUCUGAUUUCACCCCGGAAGAUGCGGCUGGACGACGCACAUCGUACGGUGCGGACUCUGCACCCUCUGGCAGCCAGGACUCGACUAGUAUCCUUCUCGCGCACAACAACCUGACCAGCCUCUGGGAACUGAUGAAAGACCAACUUCAGCUCACCUUCCUCCCACCCACACACUCGACAUCAGUGUCAGUGGCACCCUCAAUCCCUUCUGAGUUUCAGCCGGGCUUACUCGAGCCUUAUCCGACUGUGCUAUCGCCUCUUCUUACCGCCCGAUACCUAUCAUCAGCCCUAACAACCGAAGCACAGUCCCGAGUGCUGGGUAGCCGCUCUUUCUUAUUUGACCCCACGACUCUGACAGCUUAUCUAUCUGAUCAGAUGGAAUGGUGGCGCGGCGAGCGUAACCCACGGGGUGUCGAAGUCAUGGAUGCGUGGAAGUGCCGGAUCUGUGAGUUCCGCGACGAGUGUUCCUGGCGUCAAGAGCGCGAAUGGGCUUUUGCAAAUCGUAGAAGGAGAAGAUCGUCUUCGCUGGCUGUCUAAUUAUUCUAGAUCUGGUUUUUGUAUAGGAUUAGGGCAUUGGUUGGCGUUUGGGAGGAUAAUCUGCCUCCAGCAUUCGGUAUAUACAGAAGGUUCCAUUACAUCUACUAAUAUGUCUAAGAUUAGAAACAUCAUGUUAGACGUGAACAGACUUGGGGCAAGUUACAGAGCCAGAAGAUGAUACGAUCAUAGAGGACAUACCCUUUACACUCUCAUAAAGAUACACCACUCAGCUACCAAAAAAAAAAAAAAAACAAGAAGAGAGACAUUCAUCAAGUCA